AUUACACUGUCAUAUUUGCGCAUUUUUGCGCCUGUAAUGUCGAAUUAGGCGAAGAAGGUUGUGUUUAAAUAUUUAAUGGUAGACUUUAAGGGCAACCUGAGAAUAACUAAGACCGGACUAAUCAAAAACGCACUGCAAAGGCUAGCUAAUCGAACUGUGAGCGACUCGAUGAGGAAACACGGCGGACCGGACUAGUCAAAAAGGCACUGCACAGGCUAGUUAAUCGAACUGUAAGCGACUCGAUGAGAAAACAUGGCGGAUGGCAAGGACCCCCUGAAACAGUUGAAAGACCUGACUGAGCUAAAAAAUCAACUGGCAGAAAUUCAGAAGCGAGUCGAGAACGAAAUUUCCGCAGGAGUUCCUCAGGGGGGCUCGCUGUUUGGCGGCCCGUUCCUGAAGGGCUUCCUGGCUGGCUACGUGGUGGCCAAGCUCCGCUCCUCCGCCAUCGUGGGCGUGCUGCUGGGCACCAUCACUGGCAUGUACGCGGCGCAGAACUACCAAGUGCCCAAUGUUGAAAGGACGGUGAAAGAGUUGCUUAGCAACCUGACAAAAGGGCCAAAGUAG